CCGGACAAGCUUACAGUGGUAAUAUCAGGAUCCUCUUCUGAUUUCAUCCAGUUUAGAAAAGCUAUGAAGACGUGAAGUGGAGCAUUUGAGAGAAUGGUUGGCGCUGUCCUGAGUUGGUGCCAAUGGGUUUUUCUAAUUUGUUACCUUGAAAGAGUGGUGUGGUGUUUAAACCCCGAUGAUCCUAAUGUGUGCAGCCACUGGGAAAGUUAUGCUGUCACUGUUCAAGAAUCAUAUGCGCAUCCCUUUGACCAGGUCUACUAUACUAGAUGCACUGAUAUUCUCAAUUGGUUUAAAUGUACCAGACACAGAAUCAGCUACAAAACGGCUUACCGUCGAGGCCUAAGAACAAUGUACAGGCGAAGAUCUCAGUGUUGUCCUGGGUACUAUGAAAGUGAAGAUCUUUGUGUCCCAUUAUGCACAGAAGAAUGCAUGCAUGGCAAGUGUGUUUCCCCAGACACUUGUCAGUGUGAACCUGGCUGGGGAGGAACAGACUGCUCCAGUGGCUGUGAUAGUGAACACUGGGGACCACACUGCAGUAACCGGUGCCAGUGUCAGAACAGAGCCCUGUGUAAUCCCAUCACCGGGGCCUGUGUCUGUGCUGAUGGCUAUGAGGGAUGGCGCUGUGAAGAGCGCUGUGACCAAGGAUCUUAUGGCAAAGGAUGUCAAUAUAAGUGUCAGUGCCAAAAUGCUGCUACUUGUGAUCACGAGACUGGAGAAUGCCACUGUCCUCCUGGUUAUACUGGUGUCUUCUGUGAAGAACGCUGUCCUCCUGGCAGUCAUGGAGCCCAAUGUGAGUCACGGUGCCCAUGUCAGAAUGGUGGGAAAUGUCACCAUAUUACUGGAGAGUGCUCCUGUCCAGCUGGGUGGAUGGGGUCAGUAUGUGCACAACCAUGUCCUUUUGGAAAGUUUGGGAUCAAUUGUACCCAAGAGUGUCCUUGCCAUAAUGGAGGGCGUUGUGACCAUGUGACAGGCAGGUGCCAUUGUACAGCUGGAUAUGCAGGUGACAGGUGUCAGGAGGAGUGCCCCAUCGGCAGUUAUGGCUUGCAAUGUGCCCAAGCGUGUGAGUGCCUGAAUGCAGCUGAAUGUUACCAUGUUAAUGGAGCAUGUCUUUGCAAACCAGGAUUUACUGGUGACCGCUGCCAAGACAGAAUGUGUCCAGAUGGACUGUAUGGACUGAAGUGCAAUAAACGAUGUCCUUGCAAUGGCAAACACACCCAGAGCUGCCACCCAUUGUUUGGUGAGUGCUUGUGCAGAGCAGGCUGGACUGGACAGGACUGCAAUGAGACGUGUCCCCCUGGCUUUUACGGAGAGGCCUGCCAGCAAAUCUGCAACUGUCAGAAUGGAGCUAACUGUGACAGCAUCACUGGCAAGUGUGUCUGUGCUCCUGGGUAUAAAGGGGAAGACUGCUCUUUUUCAUGUCCUCCUGGGAAAUAUGGGCCUAACUGUUCAUCUACUUGUAACUGCAAUCACGGCAGUACCUGUUCUCCUGUCGAUGGUACCUGUAUUUGUAAAGAAGGGUGGCAGGGAGUGGACUGCUCUCUCCCUUGUUCUCGUGGUACCUGGGGUCUUAACUGUCAAAACAACUGCCGCUGUGCCAAUGGAGCAGCUUGUAGCCCAGAGGACGGCUCGUGUACAUGCACUGCGGGCUGGCGUGGCAAGCACUGCAUCCAGCCAUGUCCAGAUGGGACUUACGGCUUGAACUGCAGUGAACAGUGUGAUUGCUGUCACGCAGAUGGUUGCGAUCCAGUCACUGGAUUUUGCCGCUGUGUGUCAGGCUGGACUGGAAUUCGCUGUGAUAAUAUCUGUCUACAGGGACGUUGGGGUCCAAACUGUUCCAUUUCUUGUAACUGUGACAAUGGGGGCUCCUGCUCUCCCGAGGACGGAACUUGUAUGUGUGCACCUGGAUAUCGUGGAGCCACGUGCCAGAGGAUCUGUUCUCCUGGAUUUUAUGGACAUCACUGCAGCCAAGCUUGUCCCCAGUGCGUGCACAGUAAUGGACCCUGUCAUCAUGUCACUGGCCACUGUGAGUGCUUGCCAGGCUUCACUGGUCCCCUCUGCGACCAAGUCUGUUCAAGUGGGACGUUUGGAAAGAGCUGCUCUGGCACUUGCUACUGCUCUAAUAAUGGCACUUGCAACCCUAUCGAUGGCUCCUGCCAGUGUUACCCAGGCUGGAUUGGACGAGAUUGUUCACAGACUUGCCAUUCAGGCUUCUGGGGUCCCAACUGCAUCCACACAUGUAACUGCCAUAACGGAGCAGUGUGCAGUGUUUAUGAUGGAGAGUGUCGAUGUGCACAGGGCUGGACUGGCAUGUAUUGCACGCAGAGGUGUCCAAUGGGAUUUUUUGGAAAAGAUUGCAUCCAACUCUGCAGGUGUCAGAAUGGAGCAGACUGUGACCAUGUGACAGGGGAAUGCAAGUGUCGAACAGGAUUCUUUGGGAAACAUUGCGAGCAGAAGUGUCCUCCUGGUACAUUUGGCUACAGCUGUCAGCAGCUGUGUGAGUGUUUGAAUAAUGCCACUUGUGAUCAUGUGACUGGGACUUGCUACUGUUCACCUGGUUUCAAAGGCAUUCGGUGUGACCAAGCUGCCCUGGUAAUGGAUGAACUGAACCCGUAUACAAGGAUCAGCCCGGCUCUAGCAUCGGACAGGCACUCUGUUGGAGCUGUCACUGGGAUCAUCAUUCUUCUCCUGAUUAUAGUGAUGAUGCUGACUCUCUUCCUCUGGUACAAAUGCAAGCAGAAAGGGAAAGGGCACAACAUGCCCAGUGUCUCCUACACCCCUGCCAUGCGGAUUACCAAUACAGACUAUUCCCUCUCAGAUACAUCUCAGAGUUCCAGCACCCUUCACUGUUUCACCAACCCUAGUUACCACACUCUGCCCCAGUGUGGCCAACUCACCCGUUUUAUCAGAAAUGCAGAUGAAGACUGUCACAUCAAGAAACAGACCAAAAAACAGCUUUUGUCAAGUCUCCAGAGUAUAGAGCUUUCUGGGCAAGAUAUCAACAACUCAUUGUGUCCUGAAUGGCAAUACCACAGUAACUUGAAUGGCUUAGAUUACAUGAAGAGUUCAGUCUGCAGCUCCAGCACAUGUUCCCUGAACAGCAGUGAGAAUCCAUACGCUACCAUCAAAGACCCGCCGGCGCUGACCUGCAAACAUUCCGAAAGCAGCUACGUGGAGAUGAAGUCCCCUGUCCGCAGGGACCCUCUCUACACAGAGAGUGAGACCACCAAAAACAGGAACAUCUAUGAAGUUGAGCCAACUGUCAGUGUGGUCCAGGGUGGUCAGGCUCUUGCCCCAAGCUGCGGUCAGAAUCCCUAUGACCUCCCGAAGAACAGCCACAUCCCAAGUCACUACGACCUGUUGCCAGUGAGGCACAGCCCAGUGCAUGUCUCUGCAGAUAAACACCAGCCAAUCAAAGAAUGACUAUGUCAGCUCACCUAACAUCAGCAUCUAUUUGCUUGCGUCGAGAGGUGGCAGAGAAGACAAUCUUUUUGCCCUAACAUAUGCUGAAAUUCAAAGAUGACUUGAAAAUAAAUUGAUUAUGAACUUGACACUGGCACUCAGCCAGCCUCCUGGGACUUUCUGCAUGAUUUCAAGGAAAGAUAUUUAAUUUAAUCAAAUGAAAAGGCUCAUAUCCAAACCAGAUAUUGACUUUUGUUCCUGAAAUAAAAGUUUGCUGUCACUGCUAAGUUCAGGGUUAAACUAACUCUAAGGUGAGGUGAGGGAAACGAUUAAAACCGACAGCAAUAAACUGAGCAUCAGACGUACAAAUUCAUUAUUGGUAGAAGUUCAGAACAAAAUUUGGCAAACAUUGCUCUAACUUUAAUUAAAUAUUUUAUUGCCAUAAUUCUAAUGACAUUGAACUAGUGCCAAGGUUUAAUAGGAUUAGACGAGUGUGGCCUGUGUAACUCACUAUUCUGGUUCUGUACUUACAGAUGUGGUAGGGUCUUCCCUAAAGGACUGCAUGAAAUGUGUGCCAGGUUAAAUCAUUUAAUAACAUACUGAAGGAGAAACGAAGGUGAGAGGUUUCCACCUGUAUUUUUCGUGUUCUGAGUACCAUGGGCAAGGUUUCAUUGUAAAUCAGUGGUCUGGAGAUGUUGCGGUUUGAAGAUUCAGGGGAGUUAAAUUUCAGAACCUCACUGACAUUCAUGUUUGGAUGGCUCACGAGGAUUAAUCUGCCUGCCAGUUUCAUCUGUGAUCUGUCUUAUCCACCUGCCUGGAUAACUUUGAGUAGAUAUUGUGCUGAAACAAACAUCACACAUAGAGGGAGUCCUGAGCAGAUGUGGCACACAUCUUAUCCACUAUUGAAGGCAUGAGGAAUAAUUACUAGGGGAAUUUCAGUGAAGGUUGUAACAUUCACUGACAAACCACGUAUAGGAACAGUUAGAAGCUCCACAAUAAAGUGUGUUUCUAGUCACAUCUUCCACAGGGAGAGUCUCAGAGAUCAAUGAGAGGUUUUGGCUAUAGCCACCAUUCAGUUUCUCAUUUUAAGUGGUUACAAUGCCUCUCUCAGGAAGCUGACCUGUCUUUUUGCCGAGGUAGGGGUGUGGGUGUGCAUACAAAACAAAGAAAGAGACCACGAUUAGUUGGCAAAUGAGAGUUUUGUAAAGCAGCCAUAAAUGGCGUGGUCUUGGUCCUUGUAGCUAUAGAAGAGACUGAGAAAGUCGUGGUACCAAUACAACUGCUGCUGCACCAUCAACAUUCUUUGGGAGGAACUUUUCCCAUAGAGCAAUAAAAUGUGAUCACUAUAUAUUUAAAAAAUCUACAGACUGACACUGACGUUAAUACAAUGUUCAGGUUGAGUCAUGUUAACAUGGUGUACAUUUGGGAUUCCCCAGUUGGAGGUCUAAAAAUAAUGAAAAAAGAAUGUUUCCAGUUAGAGAGGGAAAACAGAUUUCAUGCAGCCCAAUUGUAUGAUUACAGUAACAAUUCAAGGUCCUUGAAACAGAGACUUAUCUAAAACGUUCAGAGGAUACAUGCAUGGUUUGUGAUUUUAUAAGUUAGUGAUUAUUUUGCUAUUGUCUGGCUUUGCAGAUCUGUGAUUGAACAGCAAACCAUUGCAGCAGGGUAGUCAAAUCAUUUUACACUUCAAUAUUUCCAUUGUUCUCUGUUUAUUAUACUAUUUUUGGAUGAGGUUUAUUAAAACUAAAAUAUUCCCAUUAAAUAUUGGUCUGGGUUUGAUAGUACUAAAACGUGACACUUGAUUUUUUUUUUUAAAUCACCUGCCGUGUGAAGUAUUCCUCCCCAACUGUUACUUUAUAUGAAGUUGUAAAAGCUGGUUGGAUGAAAUGGGUUAAAUUAACUCCUGAGGAGGAAAAAGAGAUCUCUAAAAAAGUUACAAAACAGAGAAUUUACUGUAGUAAUGCCCAGCUGAGAUUCAAGGGAACAGCUAGCAGAAUGGGAAAUACAGAAAAAAAGAGAAAGACUCCUGUGAGGAAAAUUGGCAAGUGGAGUUUUGAAACUUUAAACUGAGUUUCAGUGAUUCUUGUCACAGAGUUAUUCUGUUGUUACAAGAUGGUUACACGUCACUCACUAACUUCAUUUAUCAGGAACUUCAGCUUAAGUUUACAGUAUUUUUCCCCAUUGCAAUAAAAUAUUUAGGAUUUAAGUUCUUAAAACUUUACACCAGACUCUAGUUUUGAAUAAAGCAGAAGUUCCCACCCUGGGGUCCACAGAUACCUUACUUAAUGGUAUUGGCUCAUGACAUAAUAAAGGUUGGGAACCCCAGUUAUAGAAACUAAACAUUUUGCACCUUGAAAAAUGUUGGGAGGAGAAAACACGGAACAAAAAUCAAAUCAGUUGUUGCUGUCAGUUAAUCCCUCCAAAGUCCUGGUGAGGAUAAAGCAAAAUGACAGGAUUAAAUCAGUGUAAUCACAUCACAUCAAAUAAAGAGUUGUGGAAAUCAAGGAAUUGUUAUCUACAAAAAGUGCACAGAGGAGUAAUUGAUUAGUUGAUGAGUUAUUUUCAAUAAAGGUUAGGAGAAAUUAUGCAGAAGUGAGAUGAACGCAGGAUCUGUGUAGAAAGGAGGUUGGUGUGCAGCAAUGGCCAUCGCCAAACAGUUACCACUUCCGGUUCAAUGUUUUGUAGUAGAUACAAUUUUCAAUUAGAAAAGGAGCAGUAAUCAUGGGGUUAAAGUAGUUUAUGUUUAAAGAAUAGCUGGCUACAAAGACGAGUGUUGAACAAAAUUAAUUCAUAAGAACAAGGAAGAAGUAGGGUUUAGUUGUGUCAGAAAACAGCUGGGUGAAAGUUCCAUAUGGUGUUUCUGGGCCCUUCAGUUCACCGCUGUGCAACUCUGAAGCUAACCACAACGAAAACCCCGAUAGUCAGCUAGUAUUAGCAUGACUGGCUGCCUAUUUGCCCAGGAACGGUGUAUCUAUCAAUAUGAAACCACAAAUUACUUCAGAAAGAAAAGUAAAGGAAGACUUUCAUUUCAACUGCCAUUGGGGCCAUUCCAAAGUCUCUGCAUCUUAAUAUUCCAGUUCAUUUGAAAGAUUUUGUUUGGGCAGAUCCUAACAGCAAUUUGGAGUUCAAAAUUAGCAAUGUUCUUUUCCAUUUAAAAUUGAGGAACAACCAGCAACUUAUCAGUAGAUUAUGAUUCCCAAUGUACAGAAGUGUGAAAGUCACCUAUGAAUUUGAGCAGCUUUUAACAUACUGCCCUUUGUGAUAGCUGCUUGAAUCUCAGCCUUUGACUGAUGCUCACGUUAUUUUUCUUUAACCAAAACAGGUAUAUAGAGGUGAGCGGUGCCAGCUCCAUGAACAGAACAGGUGGCACAAUAAUUCCAUUGUUUAAAGAACCACUUUGUCAAACAUUUGCUGUUGUCACAUUAAAAAUAAAUAUUACUUUCACCAGAA